UCGCAGUCAUGCCGGUGUUGAGGUCGAAGAAAACGCCCCCCAGCUCUGAGAGGGGGGUGUCCAUGUCUCCGGCGAGUGUUCCUGGGCUCCCGAGGUCGCAGUAUUCCAGCCCAACCUAUUUCCGUAGGGAGGAGGUGGCAGAGCUGCUGGUUGGACAGGAUUCAGACUCUGACGACGAAACGAGUGAAUCGGAGUCGGACAGCGGGAGUGAUUUUGAGGAGACCUUGAAGAAAGGGAGGAAACAGAUGGCCCCAGCUCCACGCAGUGCCCCGCAGCCCAAGAGACCAAGGCCUGUGCUGGUGGAGAAGAAAGUGGCUGCGCAGAAGAGGAAUCCUGCUAAACAGCAAAAAGCCAGUCCUGUAGCUGAGUCAGUGAGCCUGGCUAAGAGUGCCCCACAGCCUUCCAGAAGACCGAGACGAGUGUUGGCAGAGAGUAACCAGAACUUGGGGAAAGAGGCAGGUACAACGUGGCUGGACAGUGAUCAGGAAGCCAGUAACCUGUCUGUGAACACCACACGGUCUAAAAACACGACACAGAUCUCCAGGAGACCAAGGCGAGUGCUGGCACAGAGUAACCAGAAGGCGGGGAAAGAGAAUGCUCCGAUGCACCUGGAUAGUGAUCAGGAAGCGAGUAACCUGUCAGUGAGCACCAGGCAGCCGAAAAGUGUGGCACAGUCUUCCAGGAAAGUGAGACAGACGCCAAGCGUGAAAGCUGCUACUACGAGACAGCAAUCAGAAGCCGGCAACCUGUUUGAGGCAGUGAAACUAGCGAAGAGUGCCAUGCAGACGCUGGUUGAUGAAUGGCUGGAGGCUUACAAGCUGGACAGAGAGGCCGGUCUCCUGGAACUGCUUAACUUCUUCAUCCACUGCUGUGGCUGUAAAGGUGUUGUUACCUCGGAGAUGUUCCGAAAGCUGCAGAAUGUGGAGAUAAUCCGGAAGAUGACCGAGGAAUUUGAUGAGGAUAGUGGUGAUUAUCCUCUGUCGAUGGCUGGACCAGUGUGGAAGAAGUUCCGGCUGAAUUUCUGUGAAUUCAUCGCUGUGCUGGUGCGCCAGUGUCAGUACAACGUCAUCUAUGAUGAAUACAUGGUGGAUACGCUGAUCUCCCUGCUGACCGGACUCUCUGAUUCCCAAGUCCGAGCAUUUAGACACACCAGCACGCUGGCCGCGAUGAAGCUGAUGACCGCUCUGGUGGAUGUGGCCUUGAAUCUGAACGUCCAUCAGGAAAAUAUCCAGCGUCAGUACGACACUGAGCGGAACAAAGCGGCAGGGAAACGGGCCAAUGAUCGUCUGGAGAUGUUGAUGCAGAAACGCAAGGAGCUCCAACAGAAUCAGGAGGAGAUUGAGAAUAUGAUGAAUGCAAUCUUCAAGGGAGUGUUUGUCCACCGUUAUCGGGACUUGAUCGCGGAGAUCCGUGCUCUCUGUAUGGAGGAGAUCGGUGUGUGGAUGAAGCGUUACAGUGACUCAUUUCUCAACGACAGCUAUCUGAAAUAUGUCGGCUGGAUGUUGCAUGACAAGCAACGCGAGGUGAGGCUGAAAUGUUUGAAGUCUCUCCAACAUCUGUACGAAAGCAAAGAAAUCACUCAGAAACUGGAGCUCUUCACUAACCGAUUCAAGGACAGAAUGGUCUCCAUGGUCCUGGAUGUGGAUUACGAUGUUGCCGUGGAAGCAGUCAGUCUAUUAACUCUCAUUCUGCAGAAUGCUGAAGAUGUACUGAGCAAUGAAGAGUGUGAGUGUGUCUACCCCCUGGUUUAUGCCUCUCACCGACCCACUGCAACGGCUGCCGGACACUUUGUCCACGUGAAGCUGCGGAGACAUUAUGAUGCAGAACACGAGGAGGCUAUGGCUAAAGAGAGAGGAAAGCGCAGUGUCAAUGGAGAAUUCAUUAAAUUGCUGCUCACCUUUUUCUUGGAGAGUGAGCUCCACGAGCACUGCGCAUACCUAGUGGACAGUCUGUGGGACCAUGCUGGCUCAGUGCUGAAGGAUUGGGAAGGGAUGACGGAGUUGCUUCUGGAAGAGAUUGGAGAGGAGGAGGAGGGGCUCAGUGAUCAAGAGGAGAGUGCUCUGAUUGAACUGAUGGUGUGCUCUAUGCGGCAGGCUGUGGAGGGUCACCCACCCAUUGGCAGGGUUUCAGGAAAGAAGCUGCUGACUGUGAAAGAAAAGAAGCAACAGAUGGACGACCGGGUUAAACUGUCGGAGCACCUAAUCGUCAUCAUCCCACAGCUCCUGGCCAAGUAUUCUGCCGAUGCUGAGAAAGUGGCAAACCUGCUGCUGAUCCCUGGUUUCUUCGACCUGGACAUUUACUGCAGCAGGCGACUGGAGAAGUAUUUGGACCUUCUGCUGAAGCAGAUCCGGGACAUUGUCGAGAAGCACACAGAGAUGGAUGUGCUGGAAGCCUGUAGUCGGGCAUACUACACCUUGUGUAAUGAGGACUACACCAUCCGGAACCGUGUGGAUAUUGCUCGCAGCCAGAUCGUCGACACGCUGGUUGAGAUAUUCACUCAGUCCGUGGAGGAACUACUGCAUGAGGUAGGAGAGACCGAUGAGGAUAAUUUGUACACGGUGGCGACAUCACUGAAGAGAAUCACUGCCCUCUACAAUGCCCAUGACCUUACCAGGUGGGAGUUAUUUGACAACUGCUGCCGUGUCCUGGAACGAGGGAUUGACACAGGGGAGAUCCCGGAACAGAUUAUUAUUCAAGCAUUGCUCUGUGCUCACUUUCAUAUUCUCUGGAGACUGGCCAUCAUCUCCGAGUAUCCAGCAACCAAGGAGCAGCUCAUCAGACUGAGGAAGCAACGGAACGUGGUCUUCACCGUGUGUCAGCAGGGCCUGUGUAAUGUCAGCACCAGAGUGAGAGAGCAGUCCUUCAUCCUGCUGUGUGACCUGCUGGUGAUCUUCAGCUCUCAGAUGACACAGGAUGGUCGUGAAGAGUUACAACCCCUGGUCUUCACUGCUGACCUUCCACUAGUGUCUGAGCUGCUGAGUUUUGUCAUGGACCACGUGUUUGUCGAACCAGAGGAAGACGGAGAUGAUGAGUCACUGAAGAUUGAGAUGUUGCACAAGAGGAGGAAUUUCCUGGCUGGGUUCUGCAAGCUCAUAAUCUACAACAUGGUGGAUCUGAGGACUGCAGCUGACAUCUUCAAACACUAUAUGAAGUACUACGGUGACUAUGGCGACAUUAUCAAAGAGAUGUUGGCUAAAGCUCGGCUUGUUGAUAAAGUUGAAUGUGCCAAAACUCUCCUCCUCAGCUUACAGCAGUUGUUCAAUGAGCUUCUUCAGGAUCAGGGCUCCGUCAUCGAUCGCUCCUCUGUCGGGUUCGGUGCCAUUAAGGAUCUUGGCCGGAGGUUUGCCUUGACGUUCGGGAUGGACCUGAUCAAAAACAGGCAGUCCGUUGUCUCGCUGCAUUUGGACGGGAUAAAGUUUGCCUUCCAACUGUAUCAACCCAGUAUCUUGGACUCGCCUCCUCUGAAUCUGCCAUUCCUUGAUGUCCUCAGUGAAUUCUCGUCCAAACUGCUGCGGCAGGACAAGAAGGCAGUCCUCACCUACCUGGACAAGACAUACCCAGCUCCCCUCAGUCUGAUUGUUCAGGCCUGGCUGCCGCUAGCUUCGUACCGCCGCUCCCUGCUGGCCCGAGGGGAUGACGACACCAUGUCCAUGAUCAGCGGCAGGACAGCAAGUGUGCGGAGCAGGAGAGCGCCAACAACGUCUGCCAAGAGGAGGAAACUGGAAGUUUCAGAUCUGAGCUCGGAUGGAGUGUGGCCGCAGAGUGCAAGCAGUUUGCAGCCAGGCGGUAAACUGAGAACCCCAAUGCUGACCUCGACCAUCCUGAGACCACCCCAGUGGGACACAGGCAGUCUGCAGAGCUCUGACGAUCAGGAUUCGGAGAAGGGUUCAGAAUCGGAGUUUACACACAGUCGAUCCUGGCUUGACUCGCAGAGUCAGAAUAAACGGCAGAAUGAGAAGGUUCAGAAGAGCCGCCUGCAGAAGAACCGACCCCGACAGAGAGCCAACAAACAGCAGCUCCUCAGCCUGAUGGAGGAAGAUGGAGAGGAUUCUGAGGCAGGAGAAAUAAUAUCGGACGCCACGAGUGAGCGGUCAGAUACAAACAGCGAGAUCAGUCUGCCGGCACCCCUCAGUAGACAAGGCAGAGCUGGACUGUUACAGGAUCUGUUCGACUCCAGCAUUCUUGAUAUUGACGACUUCUGAAGUGGCUGUAAACAGACUGAAUUUGUGGACUUCAGGCCUUCUGUCCUGAGACAUGGAGAGAACAUGGGAUCUGUGUUCGAGUGGAGUGCCUGUGCCAGGGGCCACUCACCCCGGUAACACAGUUGAUCCACUGUUUUUAGUUGUAUUUGUUGUUCAGUUGUUUGAUUUGGAGCAUUUUGUUACUGCGAACACGGGAUGAAAGAGAUGGGUGUUGCUCUCAAACAAGGAUCCAGACCAGGUUUCUUCCUUCUGUUGUACAGUUAAGCUGUGUUUUUUUUGUAUAUUUCCGAUGUAAAGAGAUUUUUUUCUGCUUAGUUUAUCUUCUGUUAAUAAAAGUUAUAUCAAGU